CCCCCCCAGCAAAAAGCCUGUGAGAGUGAGAGGAAGCAUUGUGGUGUGGUGUGUCUACGAGGCUGAUUUUGUGUUUUCGGGGAAUUGAGCUUGCUGCGAUUGCGGUUUUUCUUCUUCUUCUUCUUCUCCCACGUGUCGAUAUAGAAAAAGGCCUGCGAUCGUAUAUAGUGCCGAACACUGGAGCAGUUAAUUUUGUUUUAAGUUUUUCGUGUUAGUGGAGCCAUGAAUAACUCCCUUUGUUUGAGACAGGCAAAUGUAUGCAGCAGCACCUCUGGUGCAGUGAAUUCUAGUCAGCAUGCUUUGAGUGGGAAGUGCCUUUCUUCGUCUGCACCAGUUCGAUUAUCUAGACUCGAUCGAUUUAAUAGAAACAGGCCAUCGCCGAAGUGCAAAGCUGUACGAUAUCUGAAUGGUUCGGGUAACGAGGUACUUGGGACUAGAGUAUUGGCAAGACGUGAGCAUUUUGGUCGAGGACUGGGGUUAGGGCGUACAGGUCGUAAUGGCAGCAUGUGGAGUGCAGGCACCUGGCUUGAUAACAAGGCAAGUGUGGAUGCAGACAUCUCUGUAGCAGAAGCAUGGGAGUUGUGGAACGACCGCGAGAAGAUUCCUCGUUGGAUGAAGUGGAUUGACAAAGUCACGGUGUCAAAGCAGAAGCCAGAUUUCUCAAAAUGGACACUGCGAUAUCGUGCUUUUAACAGAGAUUUUGAGUUUUCGUGGUUGGCUCGAAAUAUGAAGCCUAUACAUCACAAGAUGAUUCACUGGCGUUCAGUGGAUGGUCUCCCCAACAGAGGAGCUGUGCGAUUUUACCCUCAAGGGCCUAAUGCGUGUAGAAUAGAGUUAACAAUAUCAUACGAGUUGCCGGAUAUCAUGGCUCCACUUGGCACGGCUGUGGGACCAAUUGUGGAAAGUGUGAUAAAGAAUGAUUUGAACCGAUUUUCCAAACUUUCUAAAUCCAAGCAACUCGCUAAUGUGUAAACUGUAUUCAUCUUGUUCAGUCUGAUAUUGAAUUCAGACACGUGUAAAACUUGUACAUUCUGUUGCCCUUAUGAGUGUAAAGAUAAACUUGAUUCUCUUAAUCAAAAAGGUGCAAUUGUACACAGGCAAAGUCCAAGAAUAAAGGACUGCUUCGUUCA